CAUUCAUCAAUCAGUCAGUCGUCAAAAUGGCGUUGAUCAUGUCGGUUGUGUCAUUAUCGAUCUCAAUACUUUAUACGCCGUUUCUUCUUUUAGUUCUGUGUGUAAUAUUCCUUGCUUCAAUCGGAAAAUCCCUGGGCGUCAGGCGUUUAUAUGUGAACAUAUUAUUAAAACUCUUCGAGUAUGGCAGGCAACACAUCGAAGUCGCCAAGAAGGUGCAGAGGAACGACAGUUCUGAUGAGGAGGAGGAACCGCCUAUACCUGAUGAUAAACCACCCUCGGCCAUCAUCAAGGAGAACGGAAUUAAUGGUACAAAGAUGUCUGUGAUAGAAAGGCAAGAGAUACUAGGCCCCUCCCCGGAGUUGAAUUACAAGAGGAGUUCGAGCCAGGAAAGGAUUCAGAACGGUCAUAGAACCGACCAGGAGAAGAAUGAGGUUAAUCUAGAGUUCCAUCUAUCACACUGUCUGGACUUGGUCAAAGCUGGCGUGGAGUCAAUAAUAGAGGAUCAAGUCACGUCAGUAUUCGAAGCCGAAGAGUUGAGGAGUUGGAACCUUCUCACCAGAACGAACAAACAAUACGAAUUUCUGACAUGGCGUUUAACGAUUAUAUGGGCUAUGGGUUUCCUAGUCAGAUAUAUGUUCUUACUGCCACUGAGAGUGCUGAUAUUUGUAAUCGGGGUGGUAACCAUGGUAGUGUCUACCUUGAUUGUAAGCAUGUUGCCAGCGUGCAAAAUUCGACUAUUUUUGGGAGCGUUGGCCUACAAGAUGUCUUUCAGAAUACUCUUCCGAGCUCUCUCUUGUUACGUUAGAUUCCACGAUACUGAAUAUAUACCGAAGAAAAACGGAUUCUGUGUUGCCAACCACACGAGCCCGAUCGAUGUUGCCGCGCUAAGCAUCAAUAAUUGUUACUCUUUGGUCUGGCUCCUUAUAGUAAGCACGGCUUGCAUCGGAACCCUCCCGGACGGGCCGUUCAAACAGCGCGUCAACUACGUCGUGUCCAUUAUGUGCUUCAACUUCCUAUCGCGGUGCAUAUCAGUCGUGAUAACGUAUCACGACGCUCAGAACAAGCCCCGAAGUGGAAUCUGCGUUGCCAAUCACACGAGCCCCAUUGACGCGUUGGUGUUGAUGUGCGACAACUGUUACUCGCUGAUUGGCCAACGGCACGGCGGGUUUUUGGGGCUCUUACAGAGGGCGCUAGCUAGAGCCUCGCCCCAUAUAUGGUUCGAGAGGUCAGAAGUGAAGGACAGACAUGCUGUCGCUAAAAGACUAAAAGAGCACAUCUCCGUGCCGGACAACCCCCCGAUCCUGAUCUUCCCCGAGGGCACGUGCAUCAAUAAUACGUCGGUGAUGCAGUUCAAGAAGGGCAGCUUCGAAGUCGGCGGCAUCAUAUAUCCCGUCGCCAUCAAAUACGACCCGAGGUUCGGCGACGCGUUCUGGAACAGCUCCCGCUACGGCAUGCUCCACUACCUCCUCAACAUGAUGACCUCGUGGGCGAUCGUGUGCGACAUAUGGUACCUGCCCCCCAUGUACCGGGAGCCCCAUGAGUCGGCCGUCGACUUCGCGAACCGUGUCAAGUCGGUGAUCGCGCGGCGGGGCGGCCUCGUCGACCUCAUGUGGGACGGCCAAUUAAAACGCAUGAAACCAAAGAAAGAAUGGCGGGAGCUACAACAAGAGGAGUUCAGUAAGAGACUUAAAGGCGAAUAAUAGUGUCCGAAACGGCUCCGGUGACGUCCUGUGUUGUGAUUAUAAUGAACAAGUGUUGGGGAAAACGCGUCACUAAUAUUGUGUGACCGCGUCACUAAUGCUUAGUGACCGCGUCACUAGAUCGAGAGACUGCGUCACUUAUAUUGAGUGGCCGCGUCACUAGAAUGAGAGUGACCGCGUCACUAGAAUUAGAGUGACCGCGUCACUAGAUCGAGUAACCGCUACACUAAUAUCGAGAGACUGCGUCAUUAGAUUGAGUGACCGCGUCACUGGAAUGAGAGUGACCGCGCCACUAAUACCAGGUGACCGCGUCACUAGAAUCGUGUGACCGCGUCACUAAUAUCGAGUGUUACGUGACAGCAAACUGAAAUGACAAUAUUAAGUGAAUGGACAUGUGUAUUUAUACUGUUACCAUAGGCAUGGGUAAUAUCUAUAGGUAACUAUAUAUUUUGUAAUAUCAUAUAUCGAAAUAUUUUGAUAUCUAUGUAUCGGUCGGAAUCUAUGAUACUCUGUUAUAAUUGUAGUUGGUUUAUUUUUAAAAUUUCUGCUAUAUAGAAAGUAGGUAAUUUUAUUAUAUUGUAGAUUUUAGUUCUACAUUUCUUUUUUUUUUUUUUUUACUUUAUUUGUUAAUGUAGUAAUCAGUUAAAUAAAUGGAGUAAAACGAGAAAAAAACAAUAGGAUAAAAGAUUAUUUACAUGUUAUUGGACAUCUAAAUUUUUCUUUUUAAUAAGGCAUUUUGAUAGCUGUGGAAACUUGUAUUUGCAUUACUAACAAUCGUACAUACCAAUAACUAGAUAUUAGAUAUAGUACCGAUAUAUAGUUAUCGUAUCUAUAUAUAACUUGUAUCGCCCAUGAUUGUAAUACGCUCGAAACGUGGAAAUGUCGUUUAUCGUCCACAACAGUCGACAGAUGGCUCUGUCUACCCAAUCAGGGAUUGUAGUCGUUAGCAUGUUUUAUUUUAAUCGCCCAUGCCUGUUACAAAGUGAUAAAAAGUGUCGCGCUUCAAAGUUUAAAGUGUGUGUGUGUAUGUUUUUUUUUUUUUGUAUAUUUUUGUAUAUUACAGUUAAGUAGAUUUAGUAAUUUAGUACUGAUAUUAUUAUAAUUUAAUUGUUUACGACUUUGCUUGUUGUAAUAUAGCUUUGAGUACCGGAUUUGCCCGCAAAAUUGACGUAUUUAAUAUUAUUUUCCUGGUUUCUUAAUAAAGAUGCAUAAGUACUUUUUAUAUCUUUGCUUAAAGUUGAAAGUUUCACUCCUGAUCUUGGGGCAUAGUUGAAAAUUUCACUUCUGAUCUUUGCUUAAAGUUGAAAGUUUCACUCCUGAUCUUGGGGCAUAGUUGAAAAUUUCACUUCUGAUCUUUGCUUAUAGUUGAAAGUGCAUUCCUGAUCUUGGGGCAUAGUUGAAAAUUUCACUUCUGAUCUUUGCUUAUAGUUGAAAGUACCAUUCCUGAUCUUGGGGCAUAGUUGAAAAUUUCACUUCUGAUCUUUGCUUAUAGUUGAAAGUGCCAUUCCUGAUCUUGGGGUGGUCAUGAUCCAUCCGGCCUCCUCUUUUCAACCGACUUCAAAAAGAUGAAGUUUCUCAAUUCGGUUGAAUUUUUUUAUUAAAGUUUUUUUUUAUAACUUCGAACUCCAUCAAUUCCAAAUUUAUUUGGAUAAUUCUUUUCUUUUUUUAUCCGAAAGGAUAUACUUACAGAUAUGUCCCGUGGAAAUUUUAUCAAAAUCGAUUUAGAACUUUCGUUUUUAGGCUAAAUUAACUGGUUUUGUCUUUGCAUGUUGUUUAUAAGCAUUUUUAACUCUUCAUUUUUUUUUAUUUACUUACUGCAGGGUUCUGAAAGUCGUUAUCUGUUAAAAUCACCCUCAACAGUUACUCUUUUAAAUCUCUGUUAACAUUAUGUGUGUGUAUGUAUAUUUAAAUGUACUAUGUCUAUUAAAUGGUAUGGUAACCCCGCCUGCGCUAACGGGAUACGCUGGCGGAGCACCAGUGAAGGGUGAUAGAUGAGAAUGAAAACAGGCCAGUUAGCCUAUCAUGAUGAAUUCAUCAGGAAUUAACCAUGAUAGUUUCCAGGGGGAACCGCGAGGAGGUCGACCUGAUUGAGUAUAUUGCUAGCAAUGGGAUUCUCGAUCUCCAUUACUAACAAUCCCUUUCUUCCCAGUAUAAAAUAGUUUAUAACAUUGGAUGGGUGGAUAUUUGUUAUGCCUUCACGUAAAAACUACUGGACGUAUUUGAAGGAAAUUUGGUAGAUAGGUUAAGUUAGUUAGGUAAGUUUUUGUUUUCUUUAAUGGGUGAAAAUGGAAUGGUAACCCCGCCGCGCUACCGGCAUACACCGACGAGGCACCAGUGGAAGAUGAUAGGUGAGAAUGAACGCAGAUCAGUUGGCCCAUCAUGAUGAAUUCGACAAGAAUUAAACAUGAUGAUUUCCAGGGGGAGUCGCGUGGAGGUCGAACUGAGGGGGUAUAUUGUUAGCAAUGGGGCUAUUAGACCUAAUUACUAACAAUCCCUUUCCCCCCACACGGGUAGGUUAUAUCCUGACUUUGUAUUUAGGACACUAUGUAUUGAUUCACGCGGACAAAGCCACGGGAUAUAGUUGGUAAAUAAUGGAAAUAUUUACAGUAUAGUAUGUCUAUACUGUUUUGUUAUCAUAUCAGCCGUUAUCUGUCCACUGCUGGACACAGGCCACUCCCAUAAAAGUGGGUUUUGCCAGUAGUUGCCACGCUUGGCAGACAGAUUGGCAACCGCAGUUUUUUUAUGGGUGAUAUGGUAACCCCGCCUGUACUAUCGGUAUACGCUAGCGGAGUACCAGGAGAUCAUGAUAGGUGAGGAUGAAAACAGGUCAGUUAGCCCAUCGUGACGAAUUCAGCAUGAAUUAAUCAGGAUCGUUUAUAGGAGGAACCGCGUGGAGGUCGACCUGAUAGGGUAUAUUGCUAGCAAAGGGCUUUUACUCCUUAUUAUUAACAAUUCCUUCAGGCAAUCGCAGUUAGUUUAGUUUUUUUUUUUUUUUAAGAAGGACAUUGCUAUCUAUUGACAAUGCUAUCUCUCGUCUAUUAAGUUCCCUUAAAUCUUACGACACCCACAGGAAAGGCUGGGAUGAAUCCUAUUCUAUGCCGGGACCACACGGCACAUGCUCUUUUUUUUUAGAAUGAUAAUGGAAUGGUGACCCCGCCUGCGCUAUCGGUAUACGCUGACGGGGCACCAUGAUAGGUGAUAGGUGAGGAUGAAGGCAGGUCAAUUAGCCCAUCGUGACGAAUUUCACAAGAAUUAACCACGAUGGUUUCCAGGGGGAACCACGUGGAGGUCGACCUGAUAGGGUAUAUUAGUAAUGGGGCUGUUAGAUUCCAUUAUUAACAAUCCCUUCCCCCGCACGGCACAUACUGUAUAUAGAAACGGAAUAAAGUACAAUUAUUUUUUAAUAAUAUUUAAUCGAUAUUAUGAAAUUCUAUCAAAAAGUCACAACACAUUCAUUAUAUUAAUUUAUUUUAAAUUUAUUAGUAGUUUAAGGUAAUUACAGAAUUUGUUUUUGGCAACACCGCUGUGUAUUUUUUUUUAAUCCGACUUCGAAUCGCUACAAGUCUAUGUACAAGAAUUACAUAGAAGGAGUGAUAAAAUGGUCAAUUCGUAGCAGGCUAGUGUAUAGAAAAUGUUAUACGGCCGUAUAACCCUACAAAAUACAGAUGCAACCUGCUUGCAUACUUUCUACAUAAACUGUGUCCAAUAUAUAAUCUAGUAAUGUAACAUUUGUCAUUGACAAAUAAUUGACAUAUCAAACAUUUUCUAUACACCAGCCUGCUGUGAAUUGAGAAAAAUAGCAACCUGAUGGUGUAUCUUUCGUCCUCUUUUUACUAAUUAUAUUUUCAUAAGAAGAAAGGAGGCAACCAUAUGAUUUACAGUUUUUAUUUUAUCAUUCCGUCUAUGUAAUCCCUUGUUCUUAGCUACAGGCUUGGUUGUGUUGCAAAUGUGUUCGCGAUUAUGUUUAUUUAAGCAUGGUAUUUGAGGUUUUAUAGUCUCUUUUAUAUUAUUAUUAUUGUCUAUUAUUAAUUUAUAUUAUUAUUUGUGAAAAUUCAUACGUUAUUGUUUCAAAUUAAUAAUAACAUAUUUCAAUAUGAAAAAUUAUAUUCAUUGCCCCAACGUACAGACUGAUCUUUAAGUAAGUAUUUUAAUAUAGACAUAGAAUGCCAGCUCCCAUUCUCUGUCUAUGUUAUUCAAGAAAUCGAUAAAAAAAAAACAUCACGCGAUAUGGCGCCAAAAUUAAUGUCAGUCACGUUCAAUUUGAAAUUUCGAUUCUUAAUUUGACUGUUUAAUGUAGUUUAUUUUACUUGAAUUUCGAACAACAAUUUGGCGCCAAAACUGACGAUGGCGGUAAGCAAUAUGGGAUAGCACGACUGUGAUGGAACUUUUGUGUAUGAACAGUUCAUAAUGGAAUAUAAUGUGUAAUAAAUGUUGUAAUAUAUUUA